UUCUGGGUUAGAAUCCAAGAGCAGGCGAUGAUGAUGAUGCUACUCUACAACCACUUCCAUCUAUCCAUCAGCAGAGCGCAGGCAGUAUGAGCUGGAACGGUUUCAAGAAGGCAGUAGGCCGCGCAGGCACACAAGUCAUGAUGAAGGCUGGUCAAGUAGAGAAGACCAUCGACCGAGACUUCGAGUCCGAGGAGCGCCGUUUCAGAAUUAUGGAGACAGCAGCAAAUAAGCUGCAGAAGGAAGCGAAAGGAUAUCUCGACUCAUUGCGCGCAAUGACGGCGUCCCAGACCCGGAUCGCAGAGACGAUUGAUGCAUUCUAUGGAGAGAGCGGCAACAAGGACAAUGUCUCGGCGUAUUACAAGCAAGCAGUCCAGGAUCUCGAUGCAGAGACAGUCAAGGAGCUCGAUGGACCCUACAGAGAAACUGUCCUCGAACCCAUCUCUCGCUUCUGUGCCUACUUCCCAGAAAUCAACGAAGCCAUCAAGAAGCGUAAUCACAAGCUCAUCGACUACGAUGCUAUGCGUGCAAAAGCACGGAAACUCACAGACAAGCCGAGUGAUGAUCCGACAAAGCUGCCACGAGCAGAGAAGGAAGCAUCCAUGGCGCAAGAUGUGUAUGAGCGCAUCAACACACAGCUUGUGGAUGAGCUACCGCAACUGCUUGACUUGCGUGUGCCGUAUCUUGAUCCAUCGUUUGAAGCGCUCGUCAAGAUUCAAUUGCGCUUUUGUCGCGAGGCGUAUGAACGGAUUGCACAGGUCCAGCAGUACUUUGAUGCGAGUGUACGGGAUGAUUAUGCUCAGGGUACGCUUGAUCAAAAAGUGGAAGAGGUGCUCCAGCAGAUGCGAGAGUUGGACAUCACCAACAUUGCUGGCAAGUAGACGUACUUCUUAAUUUGCAGAUGACCUGAUCACGACUUCAUUCAUCCGUUGCGUGGCUCUUGUAGUACAAAGAAGAUAGUCACUGCAGCUACAUCUAACAGGAACAAAGCACACCUGCCUUCCAAGCGAG